CUAUCAAUCAAGAUCGUUACCACGGUUACUAAAGGCAAAGUAUGAGGCUAGCUGCCAAGUAUCCAGAGAGCUAAACAGAAGCCAAACUGCACAGUGUGAAGGACCGCAUCAUCAGCAGAGAGUAAAUGAUAACGGAUUGUCGUCGUUUCAGUUUAAUAUCGGGAUCACCUAAUUCAGUUUAACAGAUAAACAAGAUGCAAAAGCCUAUUGUACCGUAAGGUAUAUUAACAUUUUCUCAGAAAUACUGUUAGACAGGCAACAGCCAUCAGUCUAGCGGUCUGUGACCGGGGGAAAGUAACUUAACUAAGCCAGCGGCUGCCAACGUUGGCUAGUUUAAGAGAGAACAUUCUGAAAGUUUUGCAACUUUUUAACUGUGAUAGACUGUCUUAAUUAAAACAGUCGCGUAAGUUGCUGGCUGGUGCAGGUUAACGCAGGCGUUUGCCAGGUUUUUGGCUAACUAGUUAGCUAACGUGACCAGUUCGGGUUUGCAUCUAACGUAAACGAAGCCAAGAAGUGAGUCUGUGGUCAAAACUGCAGCGAUGAUUCCUGAAUGCCCUCGGACCACCGAGGCAAGAAGCCGAACACGGUACCAUGGCCAGACGGCUGAAUCUAACCAGAACCGGUCUGGUUUGCUCUGCGAGAUCAAAACCCCCAUUCAGACCGAAGCUUUUACUGAGCACUACAACAUCAUACCGGGCAAAGAGUUGGGCAGAGGGAAGUUUGCGGUGGUGCGGAAGUGCGUGGAGAAGUGCUCGAACCGAGAGUAUGCUGCCAAGUACAUGAGGAAGAGGAGGAAGGGCCAGGACUGCCGCUCCGAGAUCAUCCACGAGAUCGCCGUGCUGGAGCUUGCCACAGCCAGCUGCCGUGUGGUUAACCUGUACCAGGUCUACGAGAUGGCCAGCGAGAUGGUGCUCGUGCUCGAAUUUGCUGCGGGUGGAGAGAUCUUUAACCAGUGUGUUGCGGAGCGGGACGAGGCGUUUAAGGAGGACGACGUCAAGCGGCUCAUGAGGCAGAUUCUGGAGGGAGUGGCCUUCCUGCACAGGAACAACGUGGUGCACCUGGACCUCAAGCCUCAGAACAUCCUCCUCACCAGCGACGCUCUCCUUGGAGAAAUAAAGAUUGUGGACUUUGGCCUCUCCAGGAUAAUGAGCAGCAACCAGGAGAUUCGAGAGAUCAUGGGGACACCGGAGUACGUAGCACCCGAAAUCCUGAAUUAUGAGCCAAUCAGCACAGCAACUGACAUGUGGAGUAUCGGUGUUCUAGCGUACGUGAUGCUCACCGGCAUCUCUCCGUUCCUGGGGGACGAUAAGCAGGAGACGUUCCUCAACAUCUCCCAGAUCAACGUCAGCUACGCCGAGGAGGAGCUGGACUGCCUGGACAAGGCGGCCAUCCGCUUCAUCGAGUCAGUCCUCAUCAAAGACCCACAGGAACGUGCUACUGCGGAGGAGUGUCUCCAGCACCCCUGGCUCCAUCAGCCAUCCGAGGCCCUGAAGGAGGACGCCGAUCCCCUGGAGAAGCCUGUGGGCGAGUGCCUCCUGGUGCCCCCCAGCCCCGGGAGCACCGGCUCCAGCUACAGCGCCGAGUCCGACCCGGACGCCGACCCAGAAGAGGUCACCGAGGAGCUCAUCGUCAUGGCCGCAUACACCCUGGGCCAGUGUCGCCAGACGUCUGACAAGGAGACACUCACACCAGACCAGAAGGCCAUCUCCAAGCGCUUCAAGUUUGAGGAGCCCUUCUCUGCCCUCCAAGAGGUGCCGGGGGAGUUCAUUUACUGAGGCGCCAGAGCACACCUCAGACUGCCAACGACCGCUACGAAAAGAAGUAGUAGCAGAGAAAACCAAACGAAAAAAAAAAAAACACACACACUCACACACAACGCACUUCAAAUAAGCAAACAAGUCUACUAUUACUUUUAACCCCAACCUCAUCAUUUGAAGUCACAAGCCAAACUUUUGUUUUAUUUGUUUUAUUUUUUUGUUUCCUUUUUGUUUGUCAUUUUUUUUUUUUUUUUUUCUUCUUUUUUUUUCUAAUGUUUGUGCUGCUUUGCUUCUUGACUUUUAAUGGGUAUGUUGCUUCAGACGACGCCUUGCUGUGGUACUUUUUUUUUUAUUAUUUUUAAUCUUUUUUUCUCCAACUUUGGUGCCAUGCUUGAAACUUUUUGGGAGUUCAUGUUGGGCCAUACAGUAUAUGGAACCCAAUCACUUUUUAUUUUUUAACCGUUUCUGUGUUUUUCAUUUUCAGUAAGUUUCCUUUGCCAUUUAUCUGAAAGUGAAUAUUGUAUGUUUAAAAGUUUAGAUGUCCGUUGGGGAUGGGGGUGGCAUAAUUAUAUGUAAAUGAAACAUAAUUAAUAUUUGUUUUAAAAGUAUGUCUAUAUAUAAAAAAAACUGUUUAAUAAGCCAUUAUACACAUAAACAUCUUCCUUCUCAUCUUUUGGGUAUUCGCUCCUCAGCAAUAAUAGAAAACAUUUUCCAUUCCUAUGUUCAUGCAGAAUGUCUUUUUUUCACUCUGUAGUCAUUUUUACUGUACAUUGGUCCAAUGCUGUUUUCAUUGGGGGUCAGUCAUCCUUUCAUGGAAACACAUUUGAAAAUGACUUCUGAUAUUGUAAAUAAAAGUUAAUCUCUGAGACCACUC